AUGCGAUCCUUGACACCCUGUGCCUGUCGGAGCAACGGAUCACAGCAUCUGCAGCUGGAAGCAGACUGGGGCAGGAGAGCAUGGAUGGGGGGACCCCGGCGCCGUGGUUGGCAGUCGGGACUGACGCCUCGCAGGCGCCCGCUGGAGCAGGGUGCAUUGACGUGCGAGGGCCACGGCCAAGGGGCGGAGGCGUCCGGGUCAGGGGAUAUGCGCUGCUGCCUCACAUGCCAGAGGCAGCAAAGCACGGGCGCAGCAUGUGGCCGUGUGCGAAUGGCCCACGAUCACCGCCAGGACUGGGCAGCGAUGCAACCGCGGGAUCCAGACGGACCUGCACAGAGGCAUGCACGAGCAUGCGCAUGUGGGCGUCGCUGUAUGUAUCUGGGUGCAUGA